AUAAUUGAAAUGGAGUUCCAUUUGCCAAGAACACGCUAGCUAAGCUAGGCAUGUCAUUUAUGGUAUUAUGUUUUUGCGUAUAUGGUGACUGCUUUUGCAUGAACCUCAAAUUAUUAAUGAAUGGUUUUAUUUGUUUUGCAUAUAUUUCAAUUCAGGAACUCGUAUCUAGGUUCAUCAAUUAAUUUGUAUAGGCCAUUACACACUUUAAAAUUGCGAAUUACUGAUAAUUUUGAUUUUAAUGCAAGCGAACCCAGAAAAAAGACAGUAACUUGCUGCUUUAAUCAAUGCCCAAAUCCUUUCCUCUUUCAAAACUCAAAACAAUUUGUCCUAAAUUACUUGACAUCUUCCAGUUCAGACAAUACUCAUCAUCAUCCCUAUAUGUUCCAUCUCAUGAGCACAUUGCCCAUCUUAUUCUAGACCAAAACUCAGCACCCAAAGCUCUCCAAACCUUCACAUGGGCUUCAAACCUCCCCAAUUUCACUCACUCCCAAUCCACCUACCAAGCUUUAAUCCAAAAGCUGUCAUCUUUCCGUCGUUUCGACAUAGUAUACCAAGUGCUCGACGAAAUGCCUCACUCAAUCGGCUCUCCUCCAGACGAACCCAUUUUCCUAACCAUCAUUCGUGGCCUGGGUCGAGCUCGAAUGAUCCCUGAUGUCAUUAAAGUUCUUGACCUGAUUGCCAAGUUUGGCAAGACCCCAUCUUUGAAAAUAUUUAAUUCAAUUCUUGAUGUUCUUGUUAAGGUAGAUAUUGAUCUUGCUAGAGAGUUUUAUAGAAAGAAAAUGAUGAAGAGUGGUGCUCAAGGUGAUGAUUAUACUUUUGGGAUUUUAAUGAAAGGUCUUUGCUCUACUAAUAGAAUUGGAGAUGGUUUUAAGCUACUGCAGGUUAUGAAAUGUGGAGGUAUGAAGCCUAAUGCUGUUGUUUAUAAUACUCUUCUUCAUGCAUUAUGCAAGAAUGGAAAAAUUGGUAGAGCAAGGAGCUUGAUGGAUGAGAUAGAGCAACCUAAUGAUGUUACCUUCAAUGUUUUGAUAUCUGGGUACUGUAAAGAAGACAAUUUAGUUCAAGCGCUAGUAAUGCUAGAGAAGAGUUUCAGUGCAGGGUUUGUGCCUGAUAUCGUUGCGGUGACAAAGGUGGUAGAAAUUCUUUGCAAUGCAGGCCGUACGAUGGAGGCUGUUGAGAUUCUGGAGAGAAUAGAGAGCAAGGGUGGUGUAGUUGAUGUUGUGGCUUAUAACACAUUGUUAAAGGGAUUUUGCAGGUUAGGGAAAACGAAAGUUGCGGUUCGUUUCUUGAAUGAGAUGGAAAGAAAGGGAUGCCUUCCUAAUGUGGAUACUUACAAUACUUUGAUAUCAGGUUUUUGUGAUUCUGGGAUGUUUGUUUCGGCCCUCGACAUGUUUAAUGAUAUGAAAUCAGAUGGGAUAAGGUGGACCUUCGAUACUUAUGAUACACUGAUCAAGGGUUUGUUUUCAGGAGGGAGAAUUGAAGAGGGCUUUAAGAUCCUAGAACUGAUGGAGGAAUCUAAAGGAGGUUCAAAUGGUCGUAUCAGUCCGUAUAACAGCGUGUUAUAUGGUCUGUAUAAGAAAAAUAUGUGGGAUGAGGCACUUGAGUUUCUAAUGAAAAUGGAGAACUUAUUUCCAAGAGCCGUUAAUAGGAGCUUAAGCAUAUUAAGCUUCUGUGAGAAGGGUGAUAUUGAGAACGCAAAGGCGGUUUUCGACCAGAUGACUAAUGAAGGCGGAAUUCCAAGUGUUAUCGUUUAUGAUUGCUUAAUUCACGGAUUUUGCCAAAAGGGCAGUCUUCUCGAAGCAUUCGAACUGACGAAUGAGAUGAUCGGGCGCGGUUAUUUUCCUGUUGCAUUGCUGUUUAAUUCUCUUAUUAAUGGAUUGUGUUGGCAGGGAAAAGGUGAGAGUGCACUGAAGGUGCUUGAUGAGAUGGUUGAGCAAGGUUGCAUACCGGAUGGAGAAAGUUACAGUGUUGUAAUUGAUACUCUUUGUAAGAAAGGAAAUCUGCAGAAGUCAGUGAGAGUUCUCCAUCAAAUGAUAGAGAAAGGUAUAAUUCCUGAUUCUAUGACUUGGAACUCAUUGCUUAUCUGUCUAACUGUUUGGUCAGAAUUCAAGAACGUGUUCCAUGUAAAUAAGUUACUGGAAUUAUUGACUAAUGGCGAUUGAUAAUAAUGACCUGAGAAUUAUCAGCAUACUGAUUCUUCCAGUUUUUUCUAUAAUACAACGUGUCAUAAAAUUAAUAGAUGA